ACAGUAGCUUUGUGCCACCGUUGAUUUAUGCAUUCAUGGGAAGUUCGAGAGAUAUUGCGAUAGGGCCAGUGGCUGUGGUGUCUCUCUUGCUUGGAAGUAUGCUUCAACAAGAACUUGAUCCUGUUAAGCAAAAACACGAGUAUCAGCGCCUUGCUUUCACUGCUACAUUUUUCGCAGGCAUUACACAGUUUGUUCUUGGAUUUUUCAGGUUGGGUUUCUUGAUUGACUUUCUAUCUCAUGCUGCGAUUGUUGGGUUCAUGGGUGGAGCAGCAAUUACUAUCAGCCUUCAACAACUUAAGGGUCUGCUUGGCAUAAAGAAAUUCACUAAGAAAACGGAUAUUGUUUCGGUUAUGAAA